AUGGGUCAAAUCAAAUUGCUCUUUGGUCUUAGACAACUUGAUUUAUCAUUGCUCUCACAAUUAUGGGCCUUAAAUGAAUCAAUACAAGAAUUUCGUACUAUGUUACAAGAACAAGAAACAUUAUCACCACCGUCACCAUCACCAUCACCAUCUGAUGCUGCAUCAAUGAUAUCAUCUGACGGCGAAGAUGAUUUAAUAUCAUCAUCAUCAUUAAUGAUGAAAGCUAAAUUACAAGAACAACAAAUCCGGCAACAACAAGAACAACAACGUCAACAACAAGAACAACAAUUGCGGCAACAACAAGAACAACAGCAGCAAAAACAACGACAACAACAGCAAGAACAAUUACAGCAUCGACAACAACAGCAACAACAACAGCCUCAAGUACCACAACGUCAACAAAAUCAUCAUCCAAAAAAUCAGUCAUCUGUUCAAUCACCACAACAAAAUCAACAGCAUUCUUCAAUAACACUGCCAUCGGUAAUGCAUUCACAACAAAUGCAACAACAGCAAUCGCAACAGCAACAAAGAAUGCGUGGUGCACCACCACCCCCACCGGCACGUAAAGCACCCGGUAGACCGGUCUGAUAUUAUCUUUGGUCGAAAUUUCUUUCUGGACUUAAAUAUAUAAUAUGUCGUCGUCUUGCCAACAAUUCUCCUAGUAAAUAAAAUUCGAUUUUUUUUUUAUUAAAUUAAAAUUAUAUAUAUAUAUUAAAAUAUAUUCAUACUUACUAUAUUAAUUAAUAAUAAAACAAAAACAAAAAAUGAAUGGAAAAUGUUAAAAAAAAAUAUUACAUAAGUAUUUGCAAUUAAAUAUUUAAAAAUCUAUGUAAAUAUAUAUAUUUUUUUUUGCGGUCUAUAAUUAUAUGUACAGUGAGAAAAAUAUUACAUAAAAAUCAAACCAAAAUUUGAAUAUCUCUUGCAUUUUAAGUUCAAAUGAAAUUAAAAACACUAGUCACUAAUAACACUAGUACUAAACCUCGAUAAUAUAACGGUGGAAAAAAUUCUCAGUGUUACCCGGUGUUACAUUGUUGUCAAAAAAUAAUCGUGCAUCCUGCGUCAUAAACAUUUCUGCUGUUUUAUACAAAACAAUUUGUUAGAAAUGGCCA